CAAUAAAGAAACUUCUACAUAUUCUCUGUCAAAACUCAAAAGAAAAGUGACAUUUAAACCCCUUUCACCACCUCCCUCAUAUAAAAGCCUCUCCCCUCAUCACACAUUUCUCCCUCACAACAAAAUCUCCCCUGCCUCUCUGCUUUCACCCCCUGAGUGUUCCUCAGCUCACAACAAAAACAGCAUCAAAAUAACAUCAUCAUCGGAAUCCAUGAAUUCUAAUCACCGCUCGCUCUCUCUCUCUGUCUAAUCCUUCAUUUUGUUCAUUCUGUGCACAAAGAUUUCAGAUGAGUAUCUCCACCAAAUUGAAGAGCUUGGGCAUCCGAUUCUGUUUUUUUAUCUGAUCGGAGUCCAAAACUUCAGUCUUUCUUUUAUUCUCUGACCAAAUCUGAAUCAGGGUCUUCGAAUCUUUCUUCAUUUGACACAUACCCAUCUCAUUUUAUUCGUGCACACUCCAUAAAAGCUCUGUUUUCUGAACUUGAGAGAGCGAGCGGAAGAUUAUUCAUUGGUUCUCAUGGCUGAAGCUGAUCACAACACUCGCAAGGUUACAAAGAUGGGUGAAAGCCAAGAUUGGGAGAUUCAAAAGGGAAAAUUUGAAGAUUCCAUUGCCCAUAACAGGCCUCUCAAGAAGAUUCAACGUCGAAAUCCAAACCAACAACAACAGCAGCAGCAGCAACCUUCUCCCUCCUCUGUUCCUUCCUCCACAGCUUCCAGAAUCGUAUUUCCUUUCGCCUUUGACACUUCCCAACAACCUCCAAUGCAAUUCCCAAACCAGUUAACUCCUAACUUACCUUAUCUCCAUCCACCAAUGCAAUUGCAAACCACACAGCAGCAGCAACAACAGAUGAUAUCUUUCGGUUCCCAACAGCAACAGAACAUAGCAUAUCCACCACUCAUAGCCAGAGAUUCAACACUGCCACAGCAAAAUCAGCAGCAGCAGCAAUAUCAGCAACAUCUUCUUCAGUAUUGGAGUGACGCCCUGAAUCUAAGUCCAAGAGGAAGGAUGAUGAUGAUGCUGAACAACAACAACACCAGGUUUGGACCACAUGGUAGUACUAUUAGGCCACCACAACCGAUUCAACCAAUAAACACAACCAAGCUCUAUAGGGGAGUGAGGCAACGCCAUUGGGGAAAAUGGGUAGCUGAAAUUCGUCUUCCUCGCAACCGGACUCGUCUCUGGCUAGGCACGUUCGACACGGCGGAAGACGCUGCCAUGGCCUAUGACCGUGAGGCCUUCAAGUUGAGAGGGGAGAAUGCCAGGCUCAAUUUCCCUGAACUGUUUCUCAACAAGGAUAAAGACAAAGACAAAGAUAAAGAUGAUAAGGAACCUUCUUGUUCCACACCAGCUCAUACAACAACCUCAUCUGCUUCUUCUCCUCCUUCCGGCCACAGCGCCGCCGCCAAGAAGAAGAAGCAGAUUGAACCUGCAAUUGAAAGCUCUGAUGUGCAGCAGCUGCCGCCAACAGAAGAAGAGUCUAAUGAGAAUGACUCUGGAGUUGGGUCCAGUGGUGAUGCCACGGUGAUGAGUGAUGAGGGUCAAGCAGUUUCACAGGAAUUUGUUUGGGGAGAAAUGUCAGCAUGGUUCAAUGCAAUUCCAGCUGCUUGGGGUCCAGGUAGUCCUGUUUGGGAUGAUAAUGAUCUUUUUUUACAUUCUCACCUUCCUUUUGCUACCAAUCCCAAUCAACAAGAAUUCAAUGAUGCUGUUGAUCAUCAAAGACAAGAUCAUAACAUGGGAAUGGCAUCAGGUUCUUCCAUGAGGCCCUUCUUCUGGAAGGAUCAGGAUUAAGUUUACUUCAAAACCAGGAAAGGAUUUGCUUCUUUCUUAGCUUUCAAUUUUCCUCACUGGUUGCAGAUAUUUUCAGCAAACAACCUGUGAAUUGAACUUUGAAGUAGUAGAUUCAUUUCCUUGAAAUUCUUGUCUGAAUUAGAUUCAGUCAGGAAGUUUCUUCAGCUGAAAUAAGGCUCCAAUUAUUUCUGGACCUUUCAGCAUCAGGCUCAUACUUCAUGGGUCUUUUUUACUUUUUUUCUUUUUUAACUCUUAUGGUCUGUUUUGUUGGUUGAAGUUAUGCAGUUGCAAAGGUAGGUUAGCUAAUUAGAAUGACCAGAGAAGAAGGAGACAGUUUUGUGAUUUCCUUCUUCUCAGUGGUCCAUCCGUUCAUGAGCUAUGUUUUUCAGCUCCAAGGGUGGAUUUAUAUUAUGACUUUUCCAUUUGUAGUUUGUUCAUUUGUAUUGUUGUCAUGUAAUGUAUCUAUGCUUUCUAAAUAUUUUAUAGAACUUUGCAGUAUCGCAGCGUAUUCCAUUGUAAUUAUCAUACUUUGAUUAUGGUUCC